AGUACCAGACGGCUUGCUUACCUUACCUUGGGUGCCACUCGCCAAUCGCCAUCGCCGGAGAGACCGGAGCCAUGUCCAACUCCAGCCCACGCCCGCCGCCGGAGCAGCAGCAGCAGCAGCAGCAGGACAACGGCGACGGAGAAGGAUCCUACAGCUACAGCUACCUGUCGGGGCUGGGCAACACCUUCUCGUCGGAGGCGGUGCCGGGCUCUCUCCCGGCCAGCCAGAACAGCCCGCUGCUCUGCCCGCUCGGCCUCUACGCCGAGCAGCUCUCCGGCACCUCCUUCACCACCCCGCGCCACCGCAACCUCCGCACGUGGAUGUACCGGAUCAAGCCGUCGGUGACCCACGAGCCAUUCCACCCGCGGGACCCCGCCAACCGCCGCCUCGUCGGGGACUUCGACGACCGGGCCACCACCGUCGCCACCCCCACGCAGCUCCGCUGGAGCCCCCCCGAGGUGCCCCCCGCGCCGAUGCAGCUCGACUUCGUCGACGGCCUCUACACCGUCUGCGGCGCCGGCAGCUCCUUCCUCCGCCACGGCUUCGCCAUCCACAUGUACGCCGCCAACAAGUCCAUGGAUGGAUCCGCCUUCUGCAACGCCGACGGCGAUUUCCUCAUUGUACCACAGCAAGGAAAGUUGUUGAUCACAACUGAGUGCGGGAAGCUGCUAGUGCCACCCGGUGAAAUCGUCGUCAUUCCUCAAGGCUUUCGCUUCGCUGUCGACUUGCCUGAUGGACCUUCACGCGGCUACGUUUCCGAGAUUUUCGGCGCCCAUUUUCAGCUCCCUGAUCUUGGCCCAAUUGGCGCUAACGGCUUGGCUUCGGCAAGGGAUUUCCUUUCCCCCACAGCAUGGUUUGAGCAAUGCCACCGCCCUGGAUACGUAAUUGUGCAGAAGUAUGGCGGUGAGCUAUUCACUGCUACACAGGAUUUUUCACCGUUCAAUGUGGUCGCAUGGCAUGGAAAUUAUAUACCUUACAAGUAUGACCUGAGUAAGUUCUGUCCAUUUAAUACGGUCCUGUUUGAUCACGGCGACCCGUCAGUAAAUACAGUGCUGACUGCUCCAACUGAUAAGCCUGGGGUGGCAUUGCUCGAUUUCGUGAUAUUCCCGCCUCGAUGGCUGGUGGCUGAGAACACGUUCCGCCCCCCGUACUACCACCGCAACUGCAUGAGUGAGUUCAUGGGAUUAAUCUAUGGGGUAUAUGAGGCAAAAGCUGAUGGUUUCCUUCCCGGAGGCGCCAGCCUUCACAGCUGCAUGACGCCGCAUGGACCGGACACCAAGACGUACGAGGCGACGAUCAGCCGAGGCGGCAGCAAUGAGCCGUCGAGGCUGAGCGGCACGCUCGCCUUCAUGUUCGAGUCUGCGUUGAUCCCCCGUGUAUGCCGCUGGGCUCUGGAGUCGCCAUCCCGGGAUCUCAAUUACUACCAAUGCUGGAUCGGACUGAAAUCCCACUUCUCACACAACAACAGCAAUGAUGAUGGAUCGACAACCAGCAACAAAGAUGACAGGAAAUAGCUCCCAUCAUAUAUAUAGCUCUCUUCGCUUCUCCGAGGUAGAAAAUAAAUCCCCAGGCCUUAAUCGGUGUAUACUUACUUACACGUGUAAAGACAAAACUGUAAUCCUGUAGGAGUAUGCUCUGCAGUCUGUACAAUCAUAUAUCCCUAUCCUGUGUAUACAGUACUUAAGCAAAAAAUCAUGUCAAUAAAAUGAAAGGAUGAAUGAUCCUGUAGGAGAGGAUGAAGGAGAUUGAUUGUAGGAGCUACCAGGAAUGAGAAGCUUUUCAGGUAAAUGAAAUGGAAGGGUGAUACUGAGAUGUGGAGUGUGACUCGUGUCAGCUUUUCAAUGAAAAAGUAUGAGAAAAGGACUUCCCAGUGGUGUGAACUUUGCAACUGCAGCCUGAUUCCUGGAUCCUGAUACAUACUCUAGAUGAUAGCAGCAGCAGGAGCCAGGAGGCCUUUGAUUGAUGGAGCAAGACUCAAUCAGUUUCAGUUUUGGAUUUGCAGAGCAUGUUGUCUGUAGACUAUAGGAGACCUAUUUGGUGGAUCAGUGGAUGCAAAAGGUACAAGAGCACAAACAUACAAUAUGUACUAUAUAUCAUUUUUAUAUAAGGAUGGCCCAUCCAUGUGUUGGUU